UUCAUGGGCCAUAUGUCUGUGUGGUUUCGUCCAGUGGUCAGAGGUCGACGACUCCGUGAUCGAUCGAUUCGUCUCCUGUCUCCUCCGGCCGCCACCGCCGCCGCCUCGUCUCCGACGAUGUCUUCCGUCGCCGGUGACGGUUGUGUGUCGUCUCAAAAGGGGAAGGAGAGGGAGGAGGAGGACGGCGCCGACGGGAGGAGCCAACGUGUGGAGGGGGUGGAGGUGUCUGAGGGAGGAGUGGAUUUGGGUGACCUGUACGGCGCGGCGGCAGGGUGGGUAGCGGCGCGGACCACCUGCCCGCACCUCGGCACCAUGCCGCCCGCUGGUCCCGACGACCUCGCUCGCGUGCCUCCGCCCGAUUCUCCUUGCUCCAGAUGUCAUCACCCUGCUGAAAACUGGUUAUGCUUGAUAUGCAAAGAUGUGCUGUGCAGUCGUUUUAUCAACAAACAUAUGUUGUGCCAUCAUCAAGAAACUGGUCACUGUCUUGCUUUGAGCUUCAGUGAUCUGUCAGUUUGGUGUUUCUCAUGUGACUCAUACCUAGAUGUUCAAGCCAUUUUAGAAUUGCGCCCAGUCUAUGAAGUUGCACAUUUGUUGAAGUUUGGAGAACGUCCACCUUUUCGAUCACUUGAAGUACUGGAUUUAACCACUGGUGAAAGUGGGAGUGCAUCAAGGUCUUAGUUAUCUGUAUUCCAGUAAUGAGUUUCUUUUCAUGGUGCUUCAAUCAGAUCCAGACAUACAGUUGUCUACUAUCCUGGCACUUCUUAAGCUUCAGUGCAAUAUAAUUAAUUUGAGAAACCUUGUUCUUUCCUCUUUACUUUUGGUUAGUAUAUUUUGAUAACCCAAAGCUUCCUUAGAUAGUUAUUGUGACGUAGUUUGCUGUGUCGAGCAUGAAGCAAACGACAGGUGUAAAAGUCUGCUUUAUUAUUGCUUUGAUAUAGACAUCCAGAAAAGUACUCAACUCUGAAUAUCUUUGGCUUUGGUGAGUGAUGUACUUUAGCUUAUCCACUAAAAAAACUUGAAAGUCUAGGUAUGUAUCAUUUGACUUUAAGGUUUUGUGAUGUAGCACUUGACUCAACAUCCUCUGAUAGGUUGUUAUUGUGCACUUAUAUAUGCAGCAUUUUAAAUUAGCAUGGAAGCUUUUUCUGAUCCGAAAGAAACUCAUGUGCAGAAGAGAAUUUAGGUGUGCAUGUCAUACACAUGAAAGCUAUCUAGUUGUGUAAUCUUCAGAAACUGAUUAAGUUUUGCCUUAGAUAUGAUCUAGGGCAAUGAUUUAAAAUUAAACAUUCCACAUAAGCAUAAAUUUAUUUGUAAAUCUAUUGCACUUCAGGAACUGUCUGAGCUCAAGGCCAACUAGGGCACUUUGUGAUAAGCAUCUCUUGGACUCUUUGCAUCUCAAAAAUAGGUAACAACUGUUAAAAGUGGUGAUGAGAUUCAGGGAGCAUAAAUGCUGAUACCAAAGUUAUUGCAUGGCCUUAUUUUUUUAUGCAGAGUGAUUGAUUGAUAGUCAUUAUUUGAGUUAAUGUAAUGCCAUUUGAUAUUCCCAUGAGUGAUAGUGAUGUCAAUUUCUACUUGCCUAACACUGUCUGUCCAAUCAGAUGUAAAAAAAAAUAUUAAUAAUAAUAUAUCUGAUCUUUCGAUGUUGCUCGCAUGCUUGGCGCAGGGUGGUGCAUGGUCAUGCACUCAUGCUAAGUGUGUGAUGGCAUUUUCCUUAAGUAGCAGUAGCAUUUUCCUUAGUACUAAGAAGCAUUAGAUGCGCCACUAUUGUUAAGUGCUACCAUUAUCAUGUCUCUUGCUAGUUAGUGCUUGUUUGAUCAUUAUUGCGAUCAAUAAUCAUCAAUGUUAUGUGAUCUCAGAUACUAGUGGUUUUCUUGGCUCCGAAUCUUGUUUUUUUGUCCUACAAUGUAUAGUGAGGAAACAUCCCAGUUCUAUUUUCUGGUUGUCUUUUUUAACAGGUUGAUUGGGACAUCACACAGGAAACGACAUGUUGUGACUCAGCUUUUCCCCUCGGCUUGUUCUGUGCAUUUGGUUAAUAGAGUACAAUUAUUUGGGCAAAGUCCAUUUCCAUUUCAGAAUUUUAUAUAACCAUAUUAAAAUCCUGAACUGGCACCUAAAGAGUUCCAAACUUUCUUAGCUUUCAAGUAUGUCAUAAAAUAAAUUGGAACCUUCUAUGUUCUUUUUUGUACAAAUUGUUAAGUCUUUGAUUUCAUACCCUACCAUUGAAGUUCAAACCUCAUCUGAUCGUCGUAGUGGUUGAAUAGUGUCACUCUUCAGAUGACAUGUAUCACAUAAAGGCUCCAGGGCCACUUACUACUUUAACUAGUGAGAUAUGUUUCUGUAAUGUGCAUGAUAGGACCAGAUGAAGCAUAUGUUGCACAUAUGGUUGCUGAGAUGCUGCAUAGUACUUGAUCAGUUAGGACAAAUGUGCAUUCAGUAGAUGGUAUUGGACUGAAUUGUCGUCACUGUUGCGAACAAAAAGGGAGGGGUUGCUUAGGGCACUUGCCAAAGGCCUCAAAUUGUUUGGUCAGAUGUCCAUGUCAGGUGCACAGCAAGUGCUGCCAUUAUGCACUAAGGACUCCCAUUAACUGGUGAAUGUCAACAUCAGUGGAAUCAGAUCCUCUGACUUUCACUUGAACAGGUAUGGCAUUCCUUUCAUCUUGGGCCACCGUCUGAUCUUGGGCAGAUGAUGUCGAGAUGCCUUCUGUCUUUCAUGUAUUAGCAUAAAUAUAUCUGAUGAGAACUUAGGGCAGUCAAUAAGGUUUAUGCUCUGGUGACUCUUGAAUUUCAUGUGCCUAUUGGAACUCAGAUUACUCUUUUGUUGCUUGUGCCAUAGUUACCAUGGAUACACGCGUUGGGCUUUCCUGUAAUGGUGUCGUGUUGGGUCAUAUAUGAGUCGGCAUCAUAGCAGUGGUGAUGAAGCGCAUAAUAAUAUUGACACCAAUUAUGCAGAAGGGAACAUGUUCAAGUGUCAUUUUUAGGUCGAGGAAAAGGUUUUCAGGCUAUCUUGAUUUUGCUUUGGCGGACCAGAAAAAAGGUGGUCCUUUUGAGCACUGGGAUCAGAUCCAAUGCAACCUGAUUGCAUCAGUUUAGACUGAGACGUUAUCAGCUGCUGCAACUGCAACCAUACACGUCUCUGCAGUCUUAGCUAACACUUUUGGACCAUUUGUGUACGCAGCAUGCCAACUUGGAAAUGGGCUCUACUGGACCUCUUU